AUGAGCGCGCCUGUCAAGAGUUGUUACUUACGUAGCCUGGAGCACCUGGAGGAGACUCCGAAUGUUUAUCUACCGGACAAUACUCCGAUUUACGUAGGACGCUCGCCGGAAACUGGCAUCACAGAUGCGAAAUGCUCGCGGCAACAAGUUCGUCUAUGUGCAAACUAUGUGGAGGCUAUCGUCACAGUUCAACAAAUUGGUCCACACGCUUGUGGUUUUAAUGGCUUUAAAACUCAGAAGGGUGUGAGAUUUGUGGCCAAACACGAUGACCGAUUAGAGCUGCUCUACGGCAAGCAUGCCUACGAAAUCGAGUUUAUUCCACCGCCAAGCGUGGAAAAUUUUGCAUUGAGAAAGAGGUCGUAUGAGUCAGAAACAGAGGAAACUGAGAAAAAGGCGAAAAUGUUGAAACUGGAUAAUU